AUGUCCUUGGCGGGUCGCACCAUCGUCAUCACAGGAGGUGCCCGAGGACUCGGCCUGGCCUUUGCAUAUGCCAUCGCCGAGUCAGGUGGCAAUGUGGCCAUCCUCGACGCUGCGGACCAACCGCACGAGCAUUUUUACCGACUGCAGAAGGAGUCGGGGGCGAAGGUUGAGAUUUACAAGAGCGAUGUAACGAAUUACGACGUCCUCAAAGCGACUUUUGACCAGAUUGUUGCCGAUUUUGGCCGGAUUGACGGGCUUGUAACUGCAGCCGGAAUCUGCCCCGAUGAAUCCUUCCUUGAACGCUCCCCCGAGUCCGUUGCCCGAUGCAUGAACAUCAAUGUCCUCGGAACAUACUAUUCUGCACAGCUGGCUGCUAUUCAGAUGGCUCAGCAGGAGCCAACAGAGUUUAGCCCCCGCGGUGGCUCUAUCGUGCUGAUUGCAUCCAUUGCCGCGUAUGUGGCGAGUAAGGGCCAGCAGACGAGCGACUACUGUGCGAGUAAAGGAGCAGUCGUUGCACUCGCCAAGUCGUUGGGGGUCGAGUUAGCCGGGAAGGGCAUUCGGGUUAACAGCAUUUCACCGGGAUACAUGAUGACCGACAUGAGCCUUGAUCUCUGCGAUCGAUUCCCGGUGCUCAGUGACAUUAUGAAUAACGAACCGCCCAUGCGGAGAAUGGGUGACAGAACUGACUUGAAAGCGCCGGUUGUUUAUCUGCUUUCCGAUGCGAGUGCCUAUCAUACGUCUGAUGAUUUGUUGAUUACGGGGGGUAUUCAUGCGGGCAGACUUUUGUAG